AAAACAAGACUCUUAAAUCAAAGGAUCAUGAGCAUAAAUAAAGUAGCGAUGGAUGGAAUAAAAUUAGCAAAACGCGCUCUCCGUAAUGAAGUGCAAGAUGUAAUCAACAGAAUAAGUAAUGAAGAAAAAGCGCGACAAUCUAAUGCUGUUUAUAAUAAGUUAAUUGCUUUACCAGAAUUCGAAUCAAGUAAAAGAGUAUCAAUAUACUUGAGCACUGCCAAUGAAAUCAAUACAAUACCAAUUUUGGAGCAUUUAUUUAAAUUUAACAAACAGGUGUUUGUUCCUAAGUAUGAGGGUAAAAGUAUGAUGAUGGUCAAAUUAUAUUCGAUGGACGAUUACGAUAAAUUGCCUCUUACUAAAUGGAAUAUUAAACAACCUGCUACUGAUGAUACUACACGAGAAGAUGCUUUAAAAACAGGUGGACUGGAUUUAAUAAUUUUACCAGGCGUUGCAUUUACUAAAACUGGAAAAAGAUUAGGCCACGGCAUGGGAUACUAUGAUAAAUUUAUCGCAAAUCGCAUCAAGUUUCAAGGAAGAAAACCUUAUUUAAUUGCUGUGGCUUUCAAUGAACAAAUUAAACAUGAUAUUCCUACUACAGAUAAAGAUAUGCCUCUCGACAUGGUGAUAACAGAAAAUUCAACAUAAACAUCAUUAAAAAUAAUAUAAUAAUAAUUAUUAUCAUUAUAACGAUUAAAUAAAUAAUAAAGCUUUUUUAACUCA